AACAGGAAGGAGUUGCAAGCGAUCUUGGAGCAAGUUCACUGACAGCAGUCCUUCUUCUUCUUCUUCUCCUCUUUCUGUCGUCAUGGCUUUCCUCUGCAGAAACGCAGCUUUGCUCCUGAAGAACUCCAGAGCAGCGCCGGCCGUCCUGUCUGCUGCUCGUCUCUACAGCUCAGGAGGUCAGUACGAGUAUAUUUUGGUGGAAAAGCGAGGUGAGAAGAGUAACGUGGGUUUCAUCCAGCUGAACCGGCCGAAGGCUCUUAACGCCCUGUGUGACGAUCUGAUGAGGGAGGUGGGUCAGGCCCUGGACGCCUUCGAAGCUGACGGGGACGUCGGAGCGAUCGUCAUCACAGGAAGCGACAGAGCGUUUGCAGCGGGCGCGGACAUUAAGGAGAUGCAGAAUCGAACCUUCCAGGAGUGUUACGGUGGAAACUUCCUGGCUCACUGGAACAGAGUGUCCACAGUGAAGAAGCCUGUGAUUGCAGCUGUCAAUGGAUUCGCUCUGGGCGGAGGCUGUGAGCUGGCCAUGAUGUGUGACAUCAUCUAUGCUGGAGAGAAGGCGCAAUUUGGACAACCAGAGAUCCUGCUGGGGACCAUUCCUGGCUCUGGAGGCACCCAGAGGCUGACGCGUGCUGUCGGAAAGUCUCUGGCUAUGGAGCUGGUUCUCACAGGAGACAAGAUAAACGCACAGGACGCCAAACAGUCAGGUUUGGUGAGUAAAAUUUUUCCCGUGGACCAGUUGGUGCCUGAAGCUGUGAAAUGUGGUGAGAAAAUGGCUGCAAACUCGAAGCUGGUGUCUGCUAUGGCUAAAGAGGCUGUAAAUGCAGCUUUUGAACUGACCUUGGCUGAGGGUAACCGUUUGGAAAAGCGUUUAUUCCACGCCACCUUUGCCACGGACGAUCGUAAAGAAGGCAUGACGGCAUUUGUGGAGAAGAGAAAAGCCAGUUUCCAGGACAAUUAAAAAAAGAGCUCUACAAGAACACAAAGAUGAUAUCAGUGGGUCAUUUCCUUAACCGCAAUACGUCGAAUGAUGCAAGAAAUUCUGACUGUAGUGGAACAUGCAAUAUGUUUGAAUUAGGAUUCGGCACUGAGUGAGUGCCUUGUCACCGUGACGCCCUGCCUGCAGAGGGUCUGUGUUAAAAUGAAAUGCAGUGUAUGUGCAGGAGUGGAUUCAUGUGUGUAAACCUUGGAUCGCUGUGUGUGGAAUCAGAGGAAUCAGUAAUGAUGAUUUGUACGGACUUUGCCUUCUCAUUUUCAUUUUCUUAACAGGUCGGCACUUUAGUAGGCAAAUACUUUGUGUGGACAUUUUACAAAUAAAGCUCCAGAGUGGUUUUCAGUUGUGCAGCUGGAACAUGAACUAAAAUAAGAA